AUGGGCUCGGGGCGGUCGGGGCAGCCCCGCGGUCGUCGCGCUGGGGGGUCGUUGUUCGGCGGGCUGGGUUCUGCAGGCUUGGAUCCUGGGGAGGCGGGGGCGGGCCACGUAGGGGGCUGGCGACCAUCCGUGGGGGUGUGUCGCCGUUACGGCGACGAGGAUGGGUUGGCGUCGGGAGGUAAACACUUAACGCCGGCGUUCCACGGGGAGUUUCGUAAGCGUGGCGCGGACAGGGGGGCGGCGUCUUCGCGCAAGCGGCAGUUAAGUGGAUCAGGGGGGCGGAUCCCCGGGCUUCCCGGCUAA